AUGGGAUGUGUCCUCUCUCAACAGAAGCUGGUUCUAGGGGAUAGUGGAAGUCACAGCAGCAACAUGGAAUUCAACAGCAGUGGAGAGAUGAAGGUAAAAUGUAGCAAGAUUAAAGCUGCAGUGAGGAGCAGCGCAGGCAGCCCACGCUCCUCAGGGAGGAAUAUGGAUGAUCUUCAGGACCUUAGAAGCUCAAGGGCAAACCGCAGCACUGAAGUUAGUGUGACAGCCACCGAACGAGUCACCUUCGGUUACCUGGAGUUUUCACGUCCCUCUAGAGAAGCCACUGUCCUCCGCCCCGGAUUCUGGGCUAAGCGGCUCCCCGAGUUCCCACAGCGAAUGGUGCGUUUUUCUGUCACUCUAUCCUGGAACCUAAGAGCGCAACCCCGGCUCCGCCCACUACAACCCGGAUCUGCUCACCCUGGCUCUUCUAAACCCGCCCACGCCAGGCGCUUUCCCUUUUUCCAGGCACACUCAACUUUUUUCCUAGUCCUCUUCGGGGCUCUUGGGGGCCGCCCCGCCGAGACCUGUCCCACCCACUCCGCCUCAGGCCGCCUUCCACACAGCUCAGGCGGUCUGGCUGCCCUGGACCCGCUCUGCACAGCCUCCCCACGUGCUUGCUGCCGGCCACGAACAGAACUGGAUCUAGGAGGAAGCUGCACUGCGGCAUCUGACCCCACACUGGAAAGCCAGGAUCAAAGAGAUGGCUUCAUGGUUAAGAAGCUCAAGGAGAUCUGGAAUAAGGACCCAACAGUCCAUUCCUGGCUGGGCCUCUUUUUCCUGCACCCCGGAGUAAAGUUGUCAACUUUGUCAAUCAUCCUCAUCGAAUCUACUUGCAAGACGGAUGUAAAUGGUCCCAAGCGCAUGGAAUCCCACAAGCCGCUUGACCUGAACCCUCGCUCAACCCCAGUACACAAGAAUCUGCUACAAGAGCCCUCCUGUGUGGUUGGUAACAAGCUGCCAACAAAGAUGAGCUCUGUGGUCAUUGACAUGGGUUCUGGCACGUGUAAGAUGGGCUUCGCAGGACAGACUCGGCCCAGCUACAUCGUGGCCAGUGUCGUGGGCUACCAGCCCAAGAAACAAACCACAAUGGGGCAGCCCAAGGUGGACACUUAUAUUGGUGAGGCAGCCCAGGCUUGCCAGGAGUUAACCCUGAUGCAGCCUGUUCGUAAUGGUAUUGUGGUGAACUGGGAAGCAGCUGAGAUCAUCUGGCGCCACAUCCUGGAGAACGACCUCCAAGUUGCCACCCAGGACCAUCCUCUGCUGUUCACGGACCCGCCCUUCAACCCUGCAAGCAACCGCGAGAAACUGGUGGAAGUAGCCUUCGAGUCUCUGCACUCCCCUGCCAUAUAUGUGGCCUCCCAAUCCGUGUUGUCAGUCUAUGCCAAUGGGUGCGUUAAUGGGCUGGUGGUAGACACAGGCCACGGGGUCAGCUACACAGUGCCAGUCUUCCAAGGCUACAACCUACCCAGUGGCAUCCAGCGCCUUGACCUGGCUGGCCACUACUUGACUACCUUCCUGGCAGAGAAAAUCUUGAGAUCUAGCUUGCCACUGAAGAAGGAAGACGUGGACACCAUGGAGAGUAUCAAGCAUCAAUACUGCUAUGUGGCCUCAGAUUUCCAGAAGGAGCAAGGGCGCCCUGAUGACAAAUUCCGGCGGUGCCUGAAGCUGCCAGAUGGACAGAUGAUCACAGUGGGGAAGGAGCUCUUCCAGUGUCCUGAACUACUGUUCCAUCCCCCGGAGACCUCGGGACCUUCAUCUUUGGGCCUCCCCAGGAUGGUGGAACAGAGCCUUUGCACGGUGCCACGGGAGCUGCAGGCCGAAAUGGAACAAAAUGUGCUGCUGUGUGGAGGCUCCUCUCUCUUCUCUGGCUUCGAAAGUCGCUUCAAGGCUGAGCUGCUGCAGUGUCUUAGUCCAGACGCCUACGUGGUUGUGGCUGCCCAACCCAAUAGGAACCUCUCAGUGUGGACUGGGGGAUCCAUUCUAGCCUCACUGUGUGCCUUCCAGUCCCGCUGGAUCCAGCGUGAGCAGUACGAGGAACAAGGUCCCGAUAUAGUGCACCGCAAGUGCUCUUGA